UCUGAAAGCGAGCAGAUGCAUUCUCUGUCCAAUGGCUCCUUAUACAUACGCGAGCUGGAGAGCGGCAAGCCUGGCGAAAGGCUGGAUGAAGGAGUCUACCAGUGCUUGGCCCUGAAUAAACACGGCGCUGUUCUCAGCCAGAAAGCACACCUCACGUUUGCAACCCUCUCUGCCUUUGAAGUCCAGCCUCUCCCCACAGAGGUCCAUGAAGGGGGUGUGGCUAGAUUUGCCUGCAAAAUCCCGGCCCACCCUCCAGCCAUCAUCACCUGGGAGGUAAAUGGGACAGCACUGCUAAUGGAGACGGAGAGGAUAACGGUGCUGCCAUCUGGAGUACUACAGAUUUAUAGCGUUGAGCCAAAAGAUGCAGGGAGUUACCGUUGUAUUGCUACAACAGUUGUUGGCCGGCGGAGGAGUGGCGAGGCUAAACUCACUGUUGCUCCAGCUACCAAUAUGAAACUCUUCCAUAAGCCAUCCAUUAUAGCUGGCCCCCAAAAUACGACGGCCUCUCUCCACCAAACGGUCAUCUUUGAGUGUGUGGCCAUCGGGAAUCCAAAACCAAUUGUGUCCUGGAGUCGCCUUGACCACAAGUCCAUCGAUGUUUUCAACACACGGGUGCUUGGAAAUGGGAACCUCAUGAUCUCGGAUGUGAAGAUACAACAUUCUGGCGUGUACGUUUGCCGUGCUACAAUCCCUGGCACACGCAACUUCACCACGGCAAUGGCAACACUGCUGGUGCUAGCCCCCCCUGCUUUUCUGGAGUGGCCAGAGAGUUUGACCAGGCCACGGGCUGGCACAGCCCGUUUUGCCUGCCAGGCAGAAGGCGUCCCAACCCCCAAGAUAGCCUGGCUGAAGAAUGGCCGGAAGAUCCAUUCCAAUGGCAGAAUCAAGACCUACAGCAGUAAAUUGGUGAUCAACCAGAUCAUCCCUGAAGACGAUGCCAUCUACCAGUGUGUGGCUGAGAACAGUCAGGGGUCUGUCCUUGCCAGGGCACGCCUAACAGUGGUUCUCUCUGAAGACCGGCCCAGCGCACCUUGCAAUGUCCAUGCAGAAACCAUGUCAAGCUCAGCCAUUCUCUUGGCGUGGGAGAGGCCGCUGUAUAAUUCAGACAAAGUGAUUGCCUACUCGGUGCACUAUAUGAAGGCGGAAGGCUUAAACAACGAAGAAUACCAAGUGGUGAUUGGCAAUGACACCACCCAUUAUAUUAUUGAUGACUUGGACCCGGCCAGCAACUACACCUUCUACGUCGUGGCCUAUAUGCCCCUGGGGGCCAGCCAGAUGUCUGACCACGUCAGUCAGCAUACACUGGAAGAUGUCCCGCUGAGGGCUCCUGAGCUCAGCCUGACCAGCAGAACCCCUUCUGACGUCCUCAUCUCUUGGCUGCCCAUCCCGGUCAAGUACCGUCGCGGGGAGGUGGUGGCUUUCCGCCUCUCCUUCCGUCUCAGCACAGAGAGCAGCAUCCAGGGGCUGGAGCUCCCAGGCACCACCUAUCAGCACCUGCUCCGGGGGCUGAAGCCCGACAGCAUCUACUUGGUUCGCAUUUCUGCUGCCACAAAAGUCGGCUGGGGCGAGGCCUCUCUGUGGACAUCCCAUCGCACCCCAAAAGCCAGCAGUGUCAAAGCACCAAAGUCUCCCGAAUUACGCCUCGAACCCCUGAACUGCACAACAAUCGCCGUGAAGUGGCAGCAAGAGCUUGCAGACAUGGCUGCCAUCCAAGGCUACAAGCUGUACUAUAAGGAAGAAGGCCAGCAAGAGAGUGGGCCAAUUCUGCUCAGGGACAGGGAUUCCUCCUACACCAUCGGCGGCCUGGACCCCAGGAGGAAGUACCACGUCAGGCUGCUGGCCUACAACAGCCUGGAGGAAGGCUACGAGGCAGACCAGACUGUCAGCACCCCCGGCUGCGUGUCUGUUCGGGACCGCCUGGUGCCACCCCCUCCACCCCCCCACCAUCUUUACGCCAAGGCAAACUCUUCCUCCUCGGUCUUCUUGCACUGGGGCCGGCCGGCCUUCACGUCAGCCCAGGCCAUCAACUACACUCUCCGCUGUCACCCUGUGGGGCUGCAGAAUGCUUCUUUGGUGCUCUACCUUCAAACGUCAGAGACUCACCUGAUGGUCCAAGGACUGGAGCCAAACACCAAGUACGAGUUUGCCGUUCGGCUGCAUGUGGAUCAGCUCUCCAGCCCAUGGAGUCCAGUGCUUUACCACACCACCCUCCCCGAAGCCCCAGCUGGUCCACCCCUGGAAGUGAAGGCAACACUGAUUGAGGAAGACACAGCCUUGGUCUCCUGGAAGCCACCAGCUGGCAUCAGAACCCUUGUCUCCCGUUACACCAUUCUGUACACCUCCAGGAAAGCUUGGGUCGCGGGCGAGUGGCAUGUCCUGCAUCGGGAAGGAACAAUCACCAUGGCUUUACUAGAGAACCUCAGGGUGGGAAGUGUCUACCUCAUCAAACUUGCUGCGUCCAACGAAGUGGGCGAAGGGCCUUUUUCUAGCGCUGUGGAACUUGCGGUCCUGCCAAAGGAGCCCUCGGAGGCAAACCCAAGACCCAAACGCCUGGAUUCCGCAGAGGCUGGCACAACUCGUUCUGGCUCUUACCAGUUGGACCAGAGGUCAAUGACGGGCAUCAUUGCAGGUGUCUCCAUUGCCCUGGUGUGCAUCUUAGUCUGCAUCCUUAUCCUGAUCUACCGUGGCAAAGCAAGGAAAGCAACCCCUUCCAAAAGCAGCCAGCCCAGCCCUGACCCGCUCCCUCGCAGUGGCAGCCACUCUUCCACAAGGAACCAUGGGGGAGCCAAAACUCUGCAAAGCCUGGCAGAGAAUGAGCAAUCGCUCUUGCCCAGGAUUACAGGGGGCAGCUUUCUGGAUGCCAAGGGUGGAACUGACCUUGUUAUAAACCGCUUUGGUCCAGUCAUGCAAAAGAGACCCCAGAAGAAACGGCUCUUCCUGCGUGGCUCUUGGAAGGAGAAAGCAGAGGAGGCCCCGAGGCAGCUGGCCUCGGCAGCCUUCCUGUGCCGGUCGAGGGCAGCCAUGCUGGUUGGCGAAGAGCAGCAGCCAAGUACCCAAAGGAUCUGCAGCCUGGGAACCGACACAGAGCAUUCAGCCCAUAGCCAAGGCAGCCACGAGACGGGGGAUUCGGGAAGGUUCUCCCACGCGUCCAACGAGGAACUGCACCCCCAUCCCGGCCUUGGUGCUUCAGAUUCCUUCCCAGGCAGCGACUCACACUUGGCAGCCAGCUGUCCUGUCCCUAGGCCUCUCCAGCCACCGGUGACUGGCAGUAGCAAUGGGACAUCAUGCAGGGAGCCAUGAACUGGGGGGGGUCAAGGUUUCCGUGGGAUGCCCGAGAACCCUCAGGCAGCCCGUGUUUCCACCGCCUCCUUGUGUUUUCUUUCCCUCCUGAAUGUCCAGUGCGCAAAAAUGCGGAAGGAGAGCAGGGCAGCCCUCCUCCCUGUCACUGGAGCAAAGGUGCCCCCUUUGCUUGAGCAUCUACCUCAGCUUACCAAGGCAGACGCCAAAGGAA